UGGAAAUCUCCGUCGUUUUUUUCUUUUUCGUUAACAUUUGAGAUUCGACGCCGUGAAUUUUCUCACGCUCUCCGUUCCCGAUUGAAAAUCGCCGAUUAAAACCUAAAGCGUCUUAGGCUCUAGUUGACCACGUUCUACAUAAAAAACCUAAGAUACCUAAUCUAACCUUCUUUUCAAUUGUCUCCUCUCGUUAAUUUUCGCAAUGGACACUUCCGACGGCGGUCCGUGGAAGAAGCAAGAUCCGGCCCAGCUUCGUCGCGAAGCUGAGGCUAAGGAGGCAAAACUUAAGCGACAGCAAGAACAGCGCCUCCUACGAGCCGAAGCCCGCAAAGAGAAGCGUCAUGCUAAAUCCGAAGCUAAGCAAGCACGAAAGGCAAACGUUGGUCGAGCUGCGAAAUGGACCCCCGAGCGCAAGGCAGUCGACAAGCUUAAGAAGCUAGCCAACCGUCCCCACAAGCAAGAGAAGCGACGCCGGCGCAUGCGUCUUCGCGCCGAGAAGCUAGAGGCGCAAGCUAUUAAGCUAAUGGCGGAUGCGCAGAAGGCUCGAGCUCUUGCUGAUCUUCUGGACGAGAAACGCGAAAUGGAGGAGGCUGAGAAGAAUAAGUUGUCUCGUGAAAUUGAGAAGUUAGCGGCCGACCCCGAUAACGAUGAAUUCAUUCCCCUCGAUGACUCUAAGCCGGCUACGACCAAGACCGAGGGCGUGGACGCUUCUGAGAAGAAGGCUGACAAAAAGCAAAAGAAGAACAAGGAUGCUGUUAAGCAGGAGGAAGUAGUUGAGGCUACUAACGGAGAGGUAGCAGAGUCCGCCGUUGAGUCUGAGAAGAAGCAAAAGAAAAAGGACGCAAAGAAGGCCGAGAAGCGCAAGCGAAAGGUAGAGGAAGAUGACUCGCACGACGAACCGGAUGUUACUAUCAAGGCCGAGGCCAUCGCCGAAGUUGAGGCGCCCAAGGAGAAGAAGAAAAAGCGAAAGCUAGAGCAGGCCACCGAGGAAGCUGACUCUCAAGAGGAGUCGAACCAGGUUGAGGCUUCUAAGAAGAAGGAUAAGAAGGACAAGAAGAAGCGAAAGGAGAAGCAUAGUGCCGAGGAAUACGUUCCCACCGCGACGACCGAAAACGAGACGAAUGCUAACGGGGCUGAGCAGUGGAACGCCCAAGCACUAGAAGGCGGCGAUAAGAGGAAAGAUAAGUUUCUUAGACUCCUCGGAGCUAAAAAAUCCAAUGGCACCACUACCGAAGGUCAUAAUACCUCCACAACAUCCAAGGCGUAUAUCAACCAAAUGCAGCAAGACUUGGAACGCCAGUUUGACACGGGAAUGCGGAUGAAGCACGAAGGACAAGGUCAGAAACGAGGACUUGGAGCUUGAUAAUCCACAACCGUGUGUAUCUUUAUGGAAAAGGCGUUUAAAAGGUCAAGGGUCACGUAUACCAUAUGAUUUUUGUCUGCUCGCAAUUGCGGCAAUAUGCAUUAGGCUCCUCUAACUGCUUCCUAGCAUGGAAUGAGGCCACAAUUUUCACUAGUAUCCAGUUACUUCCCGAUUU